UUAAACAGUUUCUCACUCAGACAUUUCUUCUUCGUCUUCUUUGAAGUUUCAUUUGAAUCAUAUCAUUUCCUUUUCAAAAGGAAAUAAUGGGUCAUUUUUGGACUUUGAUCACUCAUCUUCAUACUAUCGCCGGGCCAGUGACGAUGUUGCUCUAUCCUCUAUAUGCAUCAAUAGUAGCUAUAGAGAGCACUUCCAAGUUGGAUGAUGAACAAUGGCUUGCUUAUUGGAUUCUCUAUUCUUUUCUUACACUUGUGGAGAUGCUACUUCAACCCAUUCUUGAUUGGAUACCAAUAUGGUACGAUGUGAAGUUGAUCAUUGUGGCAUGGCUAGUUUUGCCCCAGUUUAGAGGAGCUACUUUUAUAUAUGAAACCUAUGUUAGGGAAAAACUAAUCAAGAAAUAUGGAGAAUCACAUCAACAUAUGUCUCCUGAAGGAAAGGCCAAAAAGAAAUCUGUACACUUCAUUACUCCAAAGAAGGGAGAAGAUGAAGUUUACUAAAGGAGCACACAAGAAAUGCUACAGUACAGAUCACUCAACUUUUUGUUGGUCAUAUUCAACAACAAAGAAAACAACAACAACAAUUCAGUAUAAUCCCACAAGUAGGAUCUGGAGAGAGUAAUAUGUACGCACACCUUACCCCUAUUACGAGGGGCAGAGAGGCUGUUUCCAGGUUGACUAGUCUUUUGUUGUAUGAUAUUCAAAGUUUGCUAGCUGUUGUAAUUUUAAUUUGACACUGGAAGCAAACUUUGUAUUAUGGACAAGCUUAU